AUGCCUAAGUUGAAAGUUUUCUUAUGGCUUCUUUUCCAAGGUAGGAUCCUAACUAAUGAGCAAAGAGUUAUGAGACAUUUAGCUGUGGAGUCUUCUUGUUCUGUUUGUGGUUGGCACUCUGAAAAUAUCAUUCAUACUCUUAGGGAUUGUGGGCGUGCUAAGGAAGUAUGGCUUACUGUUCUGCCUCCAAGUAAUUUUCAUGAUUUUUUCUUAUCUGAUUAUCCUUCGUGGCUUCAGAGCAAUCUCUUUUCUAAAGCUAAGUGGGAAGGGAGGUCUCCUUGGAAUAUCAUGUUUGUUUUCACUUGUUGGUAUGUAUGGAAGUGGCGUAACAAGUACAUUUUUAAUGAUGUUGAGGACUUACCUUGUGAUCCUAGGAAGAUUAUUUGUGCUGCUGUUUUGGAUUGGGUUAAGGCUUCUAGUGUGAAUUGUAGGAAUGUGCCUAGAACUCAGUUUAUGCUAAGGUGGGAGCCGCCUGGAAAUGGAUGGGUUAUGCUCAAUGUAGAAUUGAUUACGGUCAAGUCUGGCUGCUUAGGUUACUUUUUCCACACAGCUGCUCAAUCAUAA